AUGGAAGUUAAGAAGUUCCGCACCUGCUACCGAGACGCUGGGGAGCCAAUGGGCUGUGUCCAGCAGGAACACAAGAGCUGCAAGGAUGGAGCCACCCGGAACCAGGAGGGGCUAUGUUUGACCAAGGGGCAGUGGAAUGACCACUGUGCCCAUGAGGAUUUUUACCUUCUGGACCGGCCUUCCUCACCACGUGCUGUGGGCCACCCCUGCAACCUGCGCCAAGGGCAGGAGUCUGUCCCUCUGUUUGUGGUCAGGAUGGAUGAGCUGGGCAUCCGAAACCCCACAGUCUGCCUCCAAACCAACGACACGCUGGCCUUCCUGGUGACUCAAGAGCAUUACCCCGAAUAUGACCUGGGCCACUUCUAUAACACGCUGGAGCAGUUUGACUGGGGGCGCUUCCGGGCCCUGGCUGAGGAGCCCCAGCGCAGUGAGCAAAGCCCCUCCCUCUUUCUGCAGCAGUUCCAGCAGCCUGGAGUCUAUGUCUUCCGUCUGAGCAGCAACCGACAUCGGAAGAUGGUUCAGUGUCACAGCCUGAGCUGGGCUCGGAAGGCUGCUCCCCAUCCCGCCUUCAGGAGACACCAGCAAGGAUACAACCUUGACGCCUAUGCUUCCCCAAGGACUGGGAUGAUGUCAGUGAGGAGAGGCCAAUCACACUCAGCCUCUGCCAUCCCCAAGGUUGAAGGAAGUCCCGGUGGGAGCUGGGAGGCUGACGAGCAGGUGGACCUGGAGUGGUUCGACACAGAAGCCUUCUUUGGGAUCCUGCUCAGACAGUCUCUGUCAGUGACGACCAAACUCAGCCAGACCAAGGAGGAGCUCAAACUCCUCUACCUCAAACUUCUGAAUGAAGCUCGCUCUCUCCGGCUGCUGUGGGGUGCUACGCAUUGCACUCCAGCCUCUGCUGACCAGCUUCUGGGGAGCACUGAGAGGGAGCAGCAGCAGGGAGAUUCCCCAGCUGGACACUGUGCUUGGCCACCUGUCCCAGGCAGUGGUGCAGGAGGGCCACCGCCUGAAGGCCUGGGGCGUCCUGGGCACCGGCACUGGGGCGGAGCUGCUGCAGCCAGCCACUGCUGGUCCUCACCGGGGCGCUGAUGACAUCAGUGUGAAUCCCGUCACCAAGAUGAUGGUGCCUGGCCCCAACUGCUUGAUGCUUCCAGC